AGAUCGGAGCAAUUAGCGACUACUUUCCUUUCUCUCUCACUGAGAAGCAUCUCGCUUCUUCUUCUUCUUCUACUUCUUCUCAGUUCUCAGUUAGGUUUAAAGAGAAACGAAGGGCCACCGAGUCGACUCAGUGAAAUUGGGGAUGGAGCAGCAGGACGACGAGUCCAUGGCCGAUGGUUCCGAGUCGGCUCGCGGAGCCUCCAGGUCCCCGAGGCUGUUCAUCAGGGAAAUGGUGAUGCGGAACUUCAAGUCUUACGCCGGCGAGCAACGCGUCGGUCCUUUCCACAAGAGCUUUUCGGCAGUUGUUGGACCGAAUGGGAGUGGGAAAAGCAAUGUGAUAGAUGCAAUGCUCUUCGUAUUCGGAAAACGAGCUAAGCAGAUGCGGCUCAACAAAGUUUCAGAGCUUAUACAUAACUCCACUAAUCACCAAAAUCUGGAUAGCGCUGGAGUUUCUGUUCAUUUUCAAGAGAUCAUUGAUUUGGAUGAUGGAGAAUUUGAAGUUGUUCCAGGAAGUGAUUUUGUAAUUACGAGAAUAGCAUAUCGAGAUAACACCUCCAAGUAUUACAUCAAUGAACGUGCAAGUAAUUUCACUGAAGUUACCAAGAAACUGAAAGGGAAAGGAGUCGACCUAGACAACAACCGCUUUUUGAUUCUUCAGGGUGAAGUUGAGCAAAUUUCUCUUAUGAAGCCAAAAGCUCAGGGAUCCCAUGAUGAAGGUUUUCUUGAAUACCUCGAGGACAUUAUUGGGACUAACAAAUAUGUUGAAAAAAUUGAUGAAGCGUAUAAAGAGCUAGAAUCCCUCAAUGAGAAAAGAUCUGGUGUUGUGCAAAUGGUUAAGCUGGCUGAGAAAGAAAGAGAUGCCUUGGAGGAUGUGAAAAAUGAAGCGGAGGCCUAUAUGCUGAAAGAGUUGUCACUUCUGAAAUGGCAAGAGAAAGCCACAAAAUUGGCUCAUGAAGAUACCACAACAAAAUUGGUGGGUCUACAAGAGAAUAUAACCAGCUUAGAAGAAAAUCUAAAGACUGAAAGGGAGAGGAUCCAGGAGAGUAAUAAUACACUGAAGGAGCUUGAUUCUGUCUACAGUAAACAUAUGAAACAACAAGAGGAACUUGACAAUGCCCUCAGAAGCAGUAAUGAAGAAUUUAAGGAGUUUGAAAGGGAGGAUCUUAAGUAUAGGGAAGAUCUGAAGCAUAAGAAGAUGAAGAUCAAGAAACUCAAAGAUAAACUUCAAAAGGACUCAUUAAAGAUUGCUGACACAGAGAAGGAGUGUGAGGAGUCCACAAAUCUGAUCCCAAAACUUGAGGAAAGUAUUCCACAUCUGCAAAAACGAUUGUUGGAUGAAGAAAAAGUCCUGGAGGAAAUCUUAGAGACAGUGGAAACUGAAAAAUAUCGCUCUGAGCUUACAAAAGUUCGUGCUGAAUUAGAACCAUGGGAAAAGCAACUGAUUGAGCACAAGGGGAAACUCGAAGUUAGAUGUACUGAACAGAAGCUUUUGAAUGAAAAGCAUGAAGCUGGUCGUGCAGCUUUUGAAGAUGCUCGUAAGCAGAUGGAUGAUAUAUCGGGAAAGAUAGAAACAAAAACUGCAGGCAUUGCAAGGAUUCAAAGUGAAUUAGAAAUGAGCAAGCACGAAGCAAUGGAAGCUCGCAAAGAGGAACAAGAGUACAUUAGAGAACAAGACAGUCUGAUGCCUAGUGAACAAGCUGCAAGACAGAAGGUCGCAGAACUAAAGUCCCUUCUGGAUUCUGAGAAGAGUCAGGGAACAGUUUUAAAAGCAAUUUUGCAUGCUAAGGAUUCCAACAGGAUACCCGGAAUAUAUGGGCGGAUGGGUGAUUUAGGUGCUAUUGAUGCAAAAUAUGAUGUUGCCAUAUCAACAGCUUGUGCUGGACUUGAUUAUAUUGUGGUGGAAACAACUAGUGCAGCACAAUCAUGUGUUGAGCUACUCCGGAGAGAGAACCUUGGAAUUGCGACUUUCAUGAUAUUGGAAAAGCAAGCUGAUCUCUUACCAAAGUUGAAGGAGAAGAUAAGCACUCCAGAAGGAGUUCCACGCCUUUUUGAUUUAGUUAGGGUACAGGAUGAGAGAAUGAAACUUGCUUUUUAUGCAGCAUUGCGAAACACUGUCGUAGCUAAGGAUCUUGACCAGGCAACUCGAAUUGCAUAUGGAGGGAAUCAUGAUUUUAAACGGGUGGUAACACUUGAUGGUGCACUAUUCGAAAGAUCUGGUACUAUGAGUGGCGGGGGAGGUAAGCCACGUGGUGGUAAGAUGGGCACUUCUAUUCGUGCCUCCAGUGUGUCAGGAGAAGCUGUUGUGAUUGCUGAAAAGGAGCUUGAAGCCAUGGUUUGUUCAUUAAAUAACUUGCGCCAGAAAAUCGCUGAUGCAGUAAGGAGAUAUCAAGCCUCUGAAAAUGCAGUUGCUCGCUUGGAGAUGGACUUAGCCAAAAGCCAGAAAGAGAUUGACAGCCUAAAUUCACAACAUGGUUAUCUUGAGAAGCAAAUUGGUUCCUUGGAGGCUGCAUCACAGCCGAAAAAGGAUGAACUUGAUAAGUUAGAGGAACUCAAGAAGAAUAUUGCUGCUGAAGAGAAGGAGAUUCAGAAACUUAUACAAGGGUCUCAGCAGCUGAAGGACAAGGCCACGAAACUCCAGAGUAACAUAGAAAAUGCUGGAGGUGAGAGGUUAAAAACACAGAAGUCAAAAGUCAAGGACAUUCAAUCUAAUAUUGACAAAAAUAACACUGAGGUUAACCGCCGCAAAGUCCAAAUUGAGACUGGGCAGAAAACUAUAAAGAAGUUAACCAAUGUGAUUGAAGAAUCAAAGAAUGAGAUAGAACGACUUGGUCAGGAGAAGGAAAAUUUGUCUGGUAAAUUCAAAGAAAUAGAAAAGAAGGCAUUUGAAGUUAAAGAGAAAUAUGAAGGAAUACAGAAGCUGAUUGAUAAUCAUAAAGAUCUGUUAGAUAAAGCGAAAUCUGACUAUGAGAACAUGAAAAGGACCUUGUAUGAAUUGCGGGCAUCAGAGGGUAAUGCUGUCUUUCAGUUACAAGAGAAGAAGAAGUUAUACAAGGAGCAGGAAUUGAAGGGAAAGCAUUACAAUAAAAAGCUUGAUGACUUGCAAACUGCUCUUGUGAAGCAUAUGGAACAAAUUCAGAAAGAUUUAGUGGACACAGAAAAGCUUCAAGCAACCCUGGCAGAUGAAAUCCUUAAUAACCCUUGUGACCUUAAAAAGGGCCUUGAAAUGGUGACACUUCUGGAAGCACAAUUGAAAGAGAUGAAUCCAAAUCUCGAUUCAGUUGCAGAGUAUCGGAGAAAGGUCUCAUUAUACAAUGAUCGAGUUGAGGAUCUUAAUAGGGUCACACAACAGCGUGAUGACAUAAAGAGGCAGUAUGAUGAAUGGAGAAAGAAGAGGUUGGAUGAGUUCAUGGCAGGAUUUAAUGCAAUAUCUUUGAAGUUAAAGGAAAUGUAUCAGAUGAUUACACUGGGAGGUGAUGCAGAACUUGAGCUAGUGGACUCUCUGGAUCCUUUCUCUGAAGGUGUUGUUUUCAGCGUGAGACCACCAAAGAAGAGUUGGAAGAAUAUUGCAAACUUGUCUGGUGGUGAAAAGACAUUGAGCUCUUUAGCUCUUGUUUUUGCAUUGCAUCAUUACAAGCCUACACCUCUUUAUGUGAUGGAUGAAAUCGAUGCCGCCUUAGACUUCAAGAAUGUCUCUAUUGUGGGACACUAUGUAAAGGACAGAACCAAGGAUGCACAGUUCAUAAUCAUAAGCCUUCGAAACAAUAUGUUUGAGCUGGCUGAUCGACUUGUUGGGAUAUACAAAACUGAUAAUUGCACAAAGAGCAUUACCAUCGAUCCCGGGAAGUUCGUGGUUUGUGAAAAUGCUGCUGCUUGA